AACGGGUGGGGGUGGCUGUAGGAGUCAGACCCAGGAGGACGUCAGUGUGCUAGUGGCCGGUAAAGAGUUCACACGGAGUUCGUCUGACUGACUUGAGGAGAGAAAGAUGUUCAUGCGCGUGGCACUUGCGGCGGCGGUGGUGAUGGUAGUGGUGGCGGCGCCCAGCAACAAAGAGGGGCGUGAGUCCAGCCAACUACCCGCCGAGCACCGUAAGGGGACUCCUUCCUCCACACCACAUCCUAUGGAGGACAUUGUUGAUGCGGUGUUGACGUCUGAAACAAUGGCAGCUGUGGACGAGGCAGCAGCUCGCGUCACAACAGCCAUCGGAGGGGUCAUUGAUGACUUGGGCAACUUCGUAGUGAAUUCGGUAAAAGAGUUACCAGAUGCCAUUCGCGAGGUGUCGGAAAAGGUCAAUCAAGCGAUUGCUGAAGGCGGCGAGCAGGUAGUGAUUAUAGUGAAGGGGGUGAAGACCAAAGUCACCAACGGUACAGCCACAAGAACUGUCACCAACACCGUCGACAGGGUCUUCCAGGUCGCCAACUCUUCUCAAACUGCUUCCAGUUUCAAGGACCUUCAGGAGCGCAUUGCAGUGACUGUGAGCCGCAUAUUCUCCUCUUUCAUGUUCAACUUGGACAAGAUUGACAGUGCUGUAGCUGAUGGGAUCAGGAGAGUGGCUUUCAACAGCACUGACAGUAAACCCACGACCCAAGUACUUAAUCGUCCUUCACAGGAAAAUGAAAUUCGAGCACUGUCUUAAGUGUGGCACUGAAGAAAACAACACCAAGACCCAAAAUAUCCAGUAAAAUAAGUUUAAUGUAGCUUUUAAUUUACACUUACCUGUACUGUAACAUUUGUAAACCAAUAUUUAUCUAUCUCUGUGAACUGUAUAUUAUGUGUGUUGUUUCAUGCAUUCAAACAUUGUAUGUUAAAUAUUCCCAGGAUAUAUUCUCUUUGGUGAGUAACAGGGUGACCCCAGACUGUGUCACCUCGGAACCACCACCACACAUAAUGUUAACCACAUCUAAUGAACUUGUUGAAGAAUAUUAAUACCUGUACUGUAUUAUGAAAUGUUACAUAUAUGACAUCAGUAUCAAAUGCAACAUACUGUAUACCAUUUUAA